AUGUGUAUUGUUUGUCGUUUCUUUUUCCUUACAUCAGUACUAGGUUCGACGAAUGUCGCAGCUGGAGAACUUAAUUUAUCACAAAAAAUAUAGCAUUCUCAAGCGUCUGGCUCUCCGUUCCCGGAAUUGAAAGCCGAAGUGCCCCCUCCUACCCCUUUCGUGAUCUCGAUCUUCCGCAGGAAGAAUACUUCCUAGGGUUUAGGGUUCAGAGGCGACGGAAAGAGUGUGAAGAGCGAAAUAGAGGAAUGGGAAGGGGAAAGGUGCAGCUGAAGAGAAUCGAGGACAAGAGCAGUCGACAAGUGACUUUCUCGAAGCGGAAGGGCGGGCUGAUGAAGAAGGCUCGAGAGCUCGCAGUGCUGUGCGACGUGGAGGUGGCGCUCAUGAUCUUCUCCGACCGAGGCAGGCUCUAUGAGUUCUCUAGCGCUGAGAGUCUUGGAAAAAUCCUCGAGCGGUAUAGGACACAUGUAGAAGAAGAAAUCGCUGUCCGCAGGAGUUCUGAGCUAGAAAAGACGCAUCAUGCUGACUGCCCUGGUCUUCAGAUGGGCGCUAGGCCACUGGAAAUGAUACAAAGGUACCUUGAAGAACAGAAUAUUCAAGAGAAAACCUUGAUAGAACUCACUCACUUAGAGAUAGAACUGGAUGUGAUAUUGAGACAAACCAGAUUCAGAAAGACGCAGCUAAUGAUUGAAGCUAUAAAAGCGCACUACGAAGAGGAAAAGCAGCUGAGAGAAGAGAAGACACUGAUGGAGGAGGAGAUGGCAGCAAUGAUGAGUGAGGACCAUGUCCUGAGACUGGAACUGGAGCCCAACAACGCCCGUGCCCCUCCACUCCAAGAAACCUUGCUUAAUCUGUUUUGACCUAAAAGUGUCACUGCUUUCCUGCAACUCAAGAAGUUGUCUUCCUACCCCCCAACUUCUAAAGAAUUCCACGUGUCACUUUCAGACUCCCUGAAAAGCUGCAUGUGCACCCGUCCUCCUAUAUGGCUUCGGAUUCCUUAUUGGGUGGCUGUCAUUCUCUAUCGAUGUAGAUUUAUUAUUUGUUAUCUUAGUGGCUUGGUGCAAGUAAUAUGUUUGUCUUAUAAAAAAUAUAUAUAUAUAUAUAUAUAUAUCCACGUCUAUGGAAUAUGAAUAAUAAGAAGUAGAAGAAUAUUCGGAACACACCUUGUAAUAUGUUUGUCUGUGCGUUUCUAAGACAUUAUGUUUGUUUA